AUGGCUACAACAACUGGAAAUCCUUCCUUUCUCAGUAGUUCUAGAGCAGAAUCGGGCCCAGCAAGCAGCCCAUCAGUUUCAACCCCCAAUUCCAAUACUAUUAGUCUUUCACCUCCGAGUGCCAGUGACGGGACAUCGCUAUCAAAAACAUCUAAUGCCGGCACGACGCAUUCGUCUUCCUCCUCUGUUUCCUCGUCGGUGGUGUCCAACCUAUCUGCCGGCCCAACCGACAAGACUGAUACUUCUAUAUCGUCACAUACUUCAGGCUCAGGGACCUUCUCAAGUUCGAUAACCAGCUCUUCUGAUGGCACUUCAAUUGCAGCUACUUCCAUAAGUAGCAUUUCAAACGCUGCUGCACCGGCCGAAACGUCGAGCCCAUCAACAUCUCCCGGAAAUGGUCCCAGUAAUGAGGGACUCUCCACCGGAGCAAAAGCCGGUAUCGGUGUCGGUGUAGUUGUCUUCGUGGCAUUAAUCGGAAUCACUGCAUUCUUCUUCCUAAGGAGAAGAUCUCGACAAUCGCGACAGCUGCACUCAAAUAGGCCUUUCCACGAACACCAGCAGGCACUCAAUCGACCUGAAGGGAACUAUAACGGCGGACUCUCCGAGAAGGCUCUCCCCGUUGCCGUGGCGCCAUACGAGAACAGUCCGUCGUACUCUGGAAACGAGGUCCUGCUACCCCAGCAAGCGGACGAUGCUACAGUGAAGGCAAAGUUCUCGACAGUCUAUGAGCUGAUCGAACUACACAUUGAGAAUUUCUACCAAGAGAAAAGCCCCAUGAUCCCACCCGCGAUAGAAGGAGCACUAUCUCGGUAUGACACAUCGGUGCUCCGGUCGCCGCUCGUUCAUUGCCUCGAAGAAUCUCCGCGUUCCACGACCAUUCUCAAGCACGUCCUAUCUUACGAGAUCAGCAUGGCCGCAAUAUCGCCAGGUUCUGGGAACAGUGAGCGGUCUCUGCUACCACUGCAGCUUCUAACCGCUGUGCGAGACGUGGAGAGGGAGCAUAAUCAGGAGGACGAGCCUAUGUCACCAGGGCAUACAGUCUCGCACGCUCCUUCGCAAGCAUAUAUGCGUCUCAAGCAUCUCGCAGCAACAUACCGGUCCUCGCCAUGGACUUCAAAUGCCAGCGCCGAUUCCGCACGCCAUUUCUCCCACGUCUUUUCUUUGUGGGCUGAUCCACAAUUCGAAGAGUCCCGUCGGGUGCAGCAUCUGACUGAGGUCAUGGAAAGCGCGGCCAAAUUUGGCGUCUGGCUGUUCAGCCAUCCCGAGCAGUUUGAGAUACGCUGGGGAGAUGGUUGGGCAGACAUCGCCAAUAGCGCGAGUAAAGAGACGGGAACACAUUCUCUUGUCACGGUCCCGGCAUUGGUCAAGGUGACUGGUCAAGGGGGAAGGAAGCUCAUGAAAGAGGACCAGAAAGUCCUCAGCAAUGUGGUUUAUAGGAGGAUAUAG